UGGGCGUGUUGGAGAUGCUGGCAUCUGCAUGGAGCGGUGUAGAAGGCAGAGACACGUGGACUAGAGGCGGUGAUUGCGACACCAUGGUUGCAGUCUCAUGCGACGUCUACGGCCACGUCACCAGGAUUGACACAUACGGCAGCACGAUAGCGGCCUCUAUUCCAGAGGGCAUCACCGGCUUGAAGCACCUGUCGGUUCUGAGCAUCGAGUCCAGUCAACUGAAAGGCUCCCUUCCCGCUGCUCUCUUCUCUCUGCCCAAUCUCAUCCAACUUUUUCUCACAGAGAAUAGCCUCUCAGGCAGUAUUCCGUACGCUGUGGGAAACGCCAAAAGCUUGGAAACUCUAUGCCUUUCUGACAACUUUUUAAAUGGCACCCUCCCUUCCAGUUUGGGGAACCUCUCUGCGCUCGUCAACCUCAUUCUCAACGACAACUUUUUAUCGGGCUCCAUUCCAGAGUCUCUUAGCAAUCUGCAGAACCUCCAGUACCUGAGUCUUGACUUGAAUCAGUUCAACAGCUCCAUCCCAGACACCCUCAGCACCCUGCAGAAGUUGACACGCGUCCUCCUCGAUCACAACUCUUUUACGGGAUCAAUUCCAGAGUCAAUCGGUGACCUCACAGGCCUGCGAGCACUGUUCCUGCACUACAACUCGCUGAGUGGCACCAUUCCCGCCUCCUUGGUCAACCUGGACCGGCUUACGGCCAUGGCCUUGUCUGAAAACUAUCUUGCGGGAACAAUACCUGCAGUAUUCAGCACCCUCACCGCCCUGCAGUACCUUUUCCUGGGAUACAACCAGCUCGUGGGAAAUCUGCCCUCUCUGAAGCUCAUGCGGUCACUCAAGUUGCUCGCUGCAAACUUCAACUACCUCACGGGCGCAGCAGAAGCCCCUCCUGCAUGUCCCACAUACCGACUAGUUCUAGAUUUCAACUGCUUUGCAGCCAAUCUGAACAUCUGCGGCAAAGAGCAAACACAGAAGAGUUCUGACUGGUGCAAAUGGUUCUGUGGAAACGAGCCCUUCAAUCCGCCUUGUAGCGGCCAUGGCGUAUGCUAUUACGCUGCUCGGAGUACCGAUCUUGCAUGUGCUUGCGAGUCCGGAUACAUUGAUGGGAGCACUGCCGGGACAUGUGUUGCACAAGGGCCCUACAUCCCCUCUCGCCUCUCCUCCUACUCACAACCGGUGAAUUUGUUCCAGUCGGCCUCCUCUGCCCCCAAUGGCUCCAUCUUCCUCGCCCCGCCAUCAGCCAGUGCAUCAUGGGGAGCAGCCUUCAUAAAGCAGCCCAUCACUCUCUUCCUCUCGACCAGCCAAAAGACUCCCUGUGACCAGCCGAUAUCAUUUUUGGUUUCAUUUGCAUUUCGAAUGACUCCUGCUUCUGCUGGUUCCUCCACAUCCGGCGAGGGCCUGGCGUUUGUGGUUACUGCUACGGCACCCCAAGGGGCUGCAGCAGGGGUGGGGCUGGGAGGGGUGGGGAAGCGGAGUGUGGCGGUGGAGUUUGACUCGGUGCUGAGUGUGAAGCAAAGCGACCCCAACGACAACCAUGUGGGCGUCAAUGUGGGCGGCUCACCUGUGUCCCUCGCCUCUGCCACGGCCCCUCUCAUCCUCAACGACGGUCACACCAAGCAUGCCUGGAUCCACUACGACCCCUCCAGCGGUGGCACCCUACGAGUCUUCCUCUCAGCCUCCAGGCAGCAUCCGUCCAAGGCUGUGGUGACAGCAAGAGUGUCUCUGUGCAGUGCGCUCAAGCCUACCGUAGGCAGUGCCUUCUUCCUCUUCGGCUUUGUGGCCGCCUCUGCAAACAACACUCAGAGGCAUGACAUCCUCUCGUGGAAAAUUGACACCGAUGUACCACCAGCAGUGGAGUGGCAAUCUCAGAGCGCCGGCACUGCAUUUGGAAGAGUAGCAUCAGCAGAGGAGGUGGAAGCAGGUGGUGAGGGCGAGAGUGUGCCCACAUCGUUCCACUAUGCCAGCCUCUCCUUCCUCCCCACUGCGGACGGUCUGCCCAUGUGGAAGCCUCCUGCAUUUGUCACGUGGAUGCGAAACAUGGCAACAUGGCCUGUGAAGAACCAGCAUGGAUGUGCCGACUCCUCAGCAUACGCAGUGGUGGCAGCAGUGGAGGCAGCCUACAGCAUCAUGGAAAGCUUAUAUCAGCCCCCAAGGCUGUCGGUGGAGCAGCUGCGGGUGGCCCUGUCGGCCAACUGCGACGACAUGCCUCCGCGCGAUGUGCUGGCCUUCCUGGUGGCUGCCACGCGCAAGGGAGGGGGGCUCGUGGAUGACGCAGCAGCAGCGGCCGCCAGUCCCCACAGCAUGGCGUCUGCCGGCCGGCGCGAGAGACAGGCCGCGAAGCCGAAGUACUACGGAAUUCAGGGUUUCGAGGAGAGUUCGUUUGGAGGCUGGCUGGGUUUGCUGCUGGCAGUGCAACGGCAGCCAGUGAUUGUGCGAAUAGAGGCGUCUGCACCAUCAUUCCUCGACUACGAUGGGAAAUCCAAGUACGAAAAUGGCAGUUGCUUCCAGAACGGAGUGAACCAUGCUGUCCUGGUGGUGGGCUACGGUGUCGAGACAAGCAACGCUAGCCCUUUUCGAAUGCCUGCGCCCCUCUGGGUGAUCCGCAACUCAUGGGGCAGCGGAUGGGGCGCUGCAGGGCACAUGUUCAUGGACAUGCGGAGCGGGCCGGGCGUUUGUGGCAUCAACACACUGCCAGGCAUCUUCCCCAUCCUCCGAUCUACUGCUGACCCAUGCGGCAGCAAGUCAGUGAUGCUGGCGGGCUCACAGGGAGUGGCAGGGAGCAACGCGUUCAACCCGUGUGGGCAGUUCAAGUGCUCCAAGGCCGGAGCAUCCAACCGCUGUGCCUGUGCUGCUCCCCACUUCGUCCAGGCCUCCCACCCCGACGGCUCCAACACCUGCGCCUAUGUGGACGCCUGUGGUCUGGCAGGCAGCAACCCGUGUGUGGUGGGCACGUGUGUGAACGAUGGCAAGGGCAGCUACUCCUGUGUGUGUCCUUCAGGAUUCGUUCAAGGCACCACCGCCAAGGGAACCCUCUCCUGUGCUCCAGGUGACAACAAAGGGAGCUACACAGUGCGUGGUAGCAGUGUGUGGUGCUCUCACUUGCUGCCCGUGCUUGGCCUCACUCUGGACGAACUCAAGCAGAAGAACAAGAAGCUCUCCUGCUCCAAGCCCAUCCCAGUGGGCUUCAAGCUGAAUAUUGCGCCGCCUCAACUUCUUCCCAAGUGCUCGCUCGUCUACACCACCCACCUUGGCGACAGCUGUGCAUCGAUAGCCGCGCUGUUUGGUCUGAGCGAGGGGUGCCCUGUGGAGGGCGAGGCAUGUGAGGAGGCGUUGGUGGGGCUCAACCCUGGGCUGGACUGUGCAGCACUCACGGGCAGGGUGGCCGUGUGUGUGGAGCGGGAGGAGAGCAAGGCGGGGAUGGUGGCAGUGUGUGACCAGCAGUAUGAAAUGGAGGGCAGUGAUGGCUGCGAUGCUGCAAGAAUAGCCGUGAAUCCGCCUUUGAGCCCUCUAGAGUUUUAUCGCCUCAACCCAGGCAUCAACUGCAACAACCGCCUGCCGACUGCUACCUUUGAGGGCUUCUCACAGCGCAAGGUUGGCCAUUUUGUGUCGCCAUUUGGACAUGAUGCAGCUUCAGAUUGCGAACGCUGUUUUCGUUUCAUCCUUCUAAAUACCCCUUGA